AUGCGAAGUAAAGCAGUCUACCUUUUAAGGAAGAUAACAAUUCCUGUUAUCUCACUUACUAUUUUUCUAAAUGAUAUCAUAAUACUCUUAUCAGCUCAAUAUUUCUUUCACCAUUUCAUUCCUGUUAGUGUUACAACGUUGCAAAAAAUUCUGGAUAUGACUAAAAGGGCCUUCAUCGAUAUUUUGGUGACAAUAUUAGAGAUUAUUGCUCCAUCACAUGUAAGAAUCACUACAGAAAAUGCUACUAUCCCCAAACAUACAUUUCGUGUUAAUUCAAAGAAGAAUAUUAUUGAAUCCAGUCUAGAGCAAUGUUCGAUAAGUAUAUGUAACCACCAGAUAUAUACAGAUUGGGUGUUCCUGUGGUGGAUUGCCUACACGGGAAAAUUGGGCGGUAGGGUCUAUAUAAUGUUAAAAAAAUCAUUAGAAUCAGUUCCAUUAUUAGGUUAUGGUAUGCAGAAUUUUAAAUUUAUAUUUAUGAAUAGGAAAUGGUUGCAUGAUCGUACUACUUUAGCUAGCCGCUUGGGUGAGAUUGAUGCCGACGCCAGAGGCCAAGGACCUUUGAAUGGUAAAGAACCUGUUUCUACUGACACAGACGGAUGUGCCCAAUGGUCAACUUCAAUCGGAUCCUUGAACAAUCCAUCUUGGCCUUAUAAUCUAAUUUUAUUUCCAGAAGGGACUAAUUUUACUGAUAACACUAAGGGUAAAAGUAAAGCAUACGGUGCUAAAGUUGGUAAAGCUACGUUUGACCAUGUGCUAUUACCCCAUAGCACUGGUUUGAGACAUUGCAUUAAAACGUUGAAACCUAGUUUAAGCGUUAUUUAUGAUACUACAAUUGGUUAUUCUGGAGUGUCUUCAGAUAAAUACGCAGAAAGCCAAUACGGAUUAAAAAGUAUUUUCUUAGAAAGUAAGUAUCCAAAACUGGUUGAUAUUCAUAUUAGAGCUUUCAAAGUAGACGAUAUUCCAAUCGAUGAUGAAGAAUCAUUUGAUGAAUGGUUGUAUAAAGUAUGGAAGGAAAAAGAUGAUCUAUUAGAUAGAUAUUACAGGGUUGGAACGUUUAAUCACGAUAGUAGCUUGCAACACACAAUAAUCGGUGAUUUUAAGAUCAGUCGUGUGGAAGCUUGUCUCGCCCUAUUGUGUCCAAUUGUUACAACAAUUUUAUUUUGGAAGUUUGUUUUGAGCUUCUUUCUGGGUUAA